GAGAGCAAGUUGAGCAAGAUCGAGCGGCAACGGUUCAGGGAAGAGGCGGAGAUGCUGAAAACCUUACAACACCCGAACGUUGUCUGCUUCUAUGACUACUGGGAGAGCAGUGGCGGCAAACGCAAAUGCAUCGUACUGGUUACCGAACUGAUGACGUCAGGCACACUAAAACUGUACAUCAAGCGUUUCAAGAAGAUAAACAUCAAAGUGUUAAAAUCAUGGUGUCGUCAAAUUUUGAAGGGUCUAGCGUUUUUGCACUCUCGUAAUCCUCCGGUGAUCCAUCGCGACCUGAAGUGCGACAACAUCUUCAUCACAGGAACCACCGGCUCAGUGAAGAUCGGCGACCUCGGUCUAGCAACGCUAAAGAACAAGUCGUUCGCCAAAAGCGUCAUUGGUACUCGCUAUGUUUUGUUGUUAGAUUCUUUUAUGCGCUUAUCACGAAGACGAAAUGUACUCGAAACAUUGUCUUCUGGCAUUUGUUGUUGCCUUUUAUUUUAUGCAGAGGGUUGCAUUGCAGGCUGUCUUCAAAAAGUCAUUAGGCAGGCUACCUAAAG